AUGCUGCUGUCAGCCCUUGCGACGGCCCUGGGGAUGCUCCCCUUGGCUUUGUCCGCAGCCAUUCCCUCAACGUCUGCCAACAGUUUCCCUGUCGCAAUCCCAGGAAACCACAAGGUUCGAGACCCUAACAUCAUUCACUACAACAAUGAGUACUACCUGUUUCAAACGGGCGUGGGAAUUCCGUACAGCAAGGCUUCAAGCCUCAGCGGGCCGUGGACAUCAGUUGGCGAGAUUAUGAACGGGAAACCCAGUAUCAUUAACAAGGGUGAUCGCAACGACCUUUGGGCACCAACCGUGAUCCACCAAAACGGCAAAUUUUACUGUUACUACUCUGUAUCGUCACUUGGCUCCCGAGACAGCGCAAUUGGUGUCGCCACGUCUGAUAGCCUUGCAUCAGGGUCAUGGACGGACCACGGCGCAGUCAUCAACACCGGCAGUGGUGAAAAUUCAAAUGUCUUCCCAUUCAAUGAGACCAAUGCAAUUGAUCCGAGCGUGAUUAUUGAGCCGCUUGGUCUUGGCUCCUUUUUGACCUUUGGCAGCUAUUGGACCAACAUCUGGCAGGUACCACUGUCAGGAGAUCUAUUAUCUAUACAGAACCCACAAGGUCCAGAUGCGAAGCAUCUCUCCGAGACUGCGUCGACCUCUCAAGAUGCUAGGCCAGAAGAAGCGUCCUGGAUCAGUUACAAGAACGGAUAUUACUAUCUUUGGUAUAGCAAAGGUCAAUGCUGUGGAAUUGACCCAAACAACCUGCCUCCAGCGGGCUCCGAAUACUCUAUACGUGUAGGGCGCUCUUUGUCCGUCAGAGGUCCUUACGUGGACAAGAACAACGUUGACCUGGUGAACGACGGCGGGCAUCUGGUAUAUGGCUCCAACAACAAUGGCCAGGUUUAUGCGCCAGGAAGCAAUGGUGUUUUGAACAACGACUUGGGACCAGAUGUACUAUAUUAUCACUACUUCAACAAGAGUACAGGUAUAGCAACAGAUAACGCCCUUUUAGGUUACAACUACCUGACCUACGAAGACGGAUGGCCAGUGGUUACGACGACGUCGGGGUGA